UGUUGCCCCUCGUACUGCGUCAGGAGGUCAGUUCCUCCAGUGAGAGCUUCCUGCUGCGUGCGGAGGAUCUGGAGGCGCGAAUCGAGGCCCUGCGUCAGGAGGGGCGCCGCGUGAGGGCCUUCAUGCUCGUGCACCCCAACAACCCUCUCGGCGACGUCUAUUCCCCCCAGCUCCUCACCGACCUCAUGGGCGUCUGCGCGAGGCACGAGGUCCACUUCAUCAGCGACGAAAUCUACGCCCUUUCCAUUUUCACGGACGAAGACGAGCCUUCCUCUCGCCCUCCCUUCCACAGCGUCCUCAGCCUGCCUCACCCGGAUCCAGAACGCACUCACGUCUUGUGGGGACUGAGUAAGGAUUUCGGGCUCGCAGGCCUCCGCGUGGGCGUCGUGGUCAGCCGUUGCGCCGAGCUCAUGGCUUGCCUGCGCGCCGUCGCCAUCUACAAGUGCACGCCGCACCUCGUGCACCACGCGUCGGCGGCGCUGCUCUCGGACAUAGCCUGGUGUGACGACUUCUACCUCCGACUGAACAGCGAGAGGCUCGGCCGUACUUACAGGCGAGCCCGUGGGCGUCUGGAGGCGAUGGGCGCCCGCGUGAGGGAGGCGAGGGCGGGCCUCUUUGUCUGGUUCUCCAUCCGGGACUUCAUGGAGACUGACAGCGCCGAGGAGGAGAUGGAAAUCCACGCCCAGCUGAUGCGUGCGGGCGUGUACGUGGUGCCAGGGAGUAAGCUGUAUGGCGCCGACCCGGGCUGGAUCCGGCUCAUCUUCAGCGUCGGGGAGGAGGAGCUCGACGAAGGUCUUAAGAGAAUUGAGUCUGUCCUAAAGAAGAGGAGGAAGAAGACAGCGUGAUUGGAAGAAGACACACCUGAAAUCUUACUAUGGCGUUUUUCUGUUACUAUGUAUGCCUUCACUGUUACAAAGCUGCCUGGUCAUGGAAGUUAUCCUGAAUGUUUGUAAGUUUCUCCUCUCUUUCAGAAAACAUUAAACGAUCUCUUUCCAAAAUGUUUAUUCAUCGCAACGGGUACUUUAAUUUCUACCCCUUUCGUAACUGCAGUCAUUGCCAAUGUGAUGGAAUAACCCACGGCCAUCGCCC